GUCACUCGCUCAUCCUCUCCGUCUCCCUCCGUCUCCCUCCUCCUUCGUCUCCUCCCCCUGUUCUCUCUUCUCUGCACAAAUGGCUGCCCAGGCGACGUUCAAGAGCAUCAAGGCCGUUGUGCCCCUCCUCGACCGCGUCCUCGUCCGCCGCUUCAAGCCUGAGACGAAAACCGCGAGCGGCGUGUACCUGCCGUCGUCCGCGACGAACAGCCCGCUCCCGGAGGCGACCGUCAUCGCGACCGGGCCUGGCGCCCCCGACAAGACGGGCACGGUGCGCCCGACGAUCGUGCAGGCGGGCGACCGGGUGUUGCUGCCUGGCUGGGGCGGGAACCCGAUCAAGGUUGGGGACGAGGAGUACUUCUUGUUCCGCGACUCGGAGAUCCUCGCGAAGAUCCAGGAGUGAGCGGGUGCGCGGCGUGUGUGACGUGGACAUUUAGUUUGCGUCCGCGGUCGAGUGCGCUGGCGGUAGAGGUUAUGGGGGUAGUCGGCUGAGGGACACGAGUGGAGGGAAGGGGCGGGCGUUCGUAUGGCAUAAAAGUUCGCUAUCAUCUGCAUCCUAUCACCGAGCUAAUCAUCGCGUUCCGAGUUUUCUGCAUUGUGCUAUGGGGUCCUGUUGCAAUCACAUAAUCGUCCUCCCUGCUCUC